AUGCCUGAGGUAUAUAUAUCUCUUCUUAUAGUAACAUCCCAACCAAAAGCUAACGCGUCUCACAAGAUCGGUGAAGUAGCGCGUAUAGUGCACUUUCUGCGCAAACACUGCGCCAACAAAGUCAUCUCAGCCGUCCAAGUCCAAGAUGACAACAUCGUCUACGGCAAAGUCGGAACUUCAGCAACAGCCUUUCAAAAAGCAAUGACCGGCAAGAAAAUCCUUGAUGCAAAGCAGCAGGGCAAGUACUUCUGGCUGGAGAUGGAAGGCAAAGUACAUCCUGUGAUGCAUCUGGGCAUGACUGGCUGGAUCAAGUUCAAAAAUGAUGAUACAAGUCACUAUUAUCGCAAACCGGAGGAUGAAAACAAGCCUCAAGAAUGGCCACCGAGGUUCUGGAAGUUUAUCCUGCAACUAGAGAAUGACAGUAAUGAGAUUGCGUUUGUCGACCCAAGAAGAUUGGCUCGCAUCAGGCUUGUGGAAGCUGAAGCACAGGAGUUGCGCAACACUACACCGCUGAAGGAAAACGGACCUGAUCCUGUGAUUGACAAGGAUAUCUUGACGGAAGCUUGGCUGGAGGAGAAGCUGAAGAGCAAGAAAGUUCCUGUCAAAGCAUUGAUGCUUGAUCAAGCCAACAUCUCGGGUAUAGGCAACUGGGUUGCUGAUGAGAUUUUGUAUCAGGCAAGGAUUCACCCUGAACAAUACAGCUACACCUUCUCCUCUGCCCAGAUUGCAGCACUGCACAAAGCAAUGAUGGACGUUUGUAGUACUGCAGUGGGAGUGUUGGCAGACAGCAGUCAGUUCCCGGAGACUUGGUUGAUGAAGUAUCGCUGGGACAAGGGCAAAAAGGACAAGAAUGUCUUGCCCAAUGGCGACAAGAUUGUGCAUCUGAAGGUCGGAGGCAGGACUUCAGCGAUUGUACCGAGGUUGCAGAAGAAAACCGGCAAAGUGGCUGGCGAUGUGGACUCUGCGGAUGGGGUGUCAGAGGACGUAGCAGACUCGCAAGAAGAAACGACCCCGAAGAAGGCAAAGGCGACAAAGGCCAGGGUGAAGAAAGCAGAGACCGUCAGCACAGACGAGACUAUGAACAGAGACUCAAAGCCAAAGCGUACGAGAACGACGAAGCGCAAAGCAGAGCCUGAGGAUGAGGAGUCAGACAUGGCCGUCGAGGCGGAAGAAGAGGUCAAGCCUACAAAGAAGAGACAGACCAAAGCGAAUGGCAGCAAAGCCACGAAGCCAAAGACCGAGAAGAAGGAAGUCAAAACUGAGGAAACUGUUGCUGAGGGAGGCACAAGAAGAAGGUCAGGCCGGCUGUCAGGAAAGGGCGUUUAA